AUGCCAUCUCCGUCAUUUGGGUAUGAUGUACCACAGCUGGAGUUCGGAAACCUAGCAGCACACAACACAUCCCAGAUGCAUCCGCAAUACGUGGCGGGUGAUUUGGGCCGACGUAGCCCUCACUAUGCUGUAGAUCCAUCAUCUGGGCUACGCCGCUCGCCUCGAAAAGCUCGCCCCCGCAUAUCAACAGUCAGUCCCCUGGAACCUGCAAAGUACACUCCAACUUUCAGUCCGGGGACGAUUUUUGGUGCAGAAGUAACACCAAACACACCAGACUACGCCCGCGCAAAAAUCGCAGCACCGCAGCAAAUGCAAGCACACCCCUUCGAGAUGCUGCCACCGAAACAAACUCGCCUGUGCCAUCCAAAAUCAGGGAAGGAUGUCCGUCGGGUCACUGGCACAUCAGAUGACGAGGUGUCGAAGUUGACGGAGACCAUGUUAGGUGGAGCUGACGCUGACCUAAAGCUUGAGACUGCUGCGUCAGGUGAUGCCGCUGUGAAGCUAGAAAGUGAACAUGGACUGAUGGAUGAAGACCGCCAAGUACUCAUUGCCUCCGUUGAGGUCUGGUACAAAUUUCGGUUGAAACAGGACACUCAGGAAUCGUGUAACCUAUGCCCAGGUCCGCAACUUUUGAUGGAAUCAGGCUGGGGAGAAAUACAAUCAGGUAAAGGAGAUGAAGAGAUACCGGCGGUGGAGAUGGAGACGGUGAUCGGAUUGCCGCUGAAUCGUGGGAUGAAGAAGAAGCGGAAGUUGUCGACUUAG